AUGGGUGACAGCCACUACCUCUUCAUCCAUUGGUCGUGGAGCAACAGUAGCGGUGUGGGCGUGGCUGGGCGCCUUGGCCCCAUGACGACGGCAGAGCGCGCCAAGACAUGCGCAUGCACCCGAUGCCGAGCCAGACCGCGAGGCUCCCGGAAGUUCCCAGAGCCGGAAGCUGCCUGCGGCUCGGCUUCUCUAGCUGCUGCCUGCGGUGUGCAGCUCAAGGCUUUCGGCCUUGCGUACCCGUCGCUGGAGGCCCUUCAGUUAGAGAUGGAGCCCGUGAACAACCAAGCCAGGAUGGCCUUUGCUUGUUUGAGGCAGAACCUGGUCCAGAGACGUAGGACUCUUCUCGGUCACCGAAGGUCCAUCAUCCAGGGCAUCCCUGGCUUCUGGGCCAAAGCCAUUGUGAACCACCCCGAGAUGUUGGCCAUGAUCAGCGAUGAAGAUGAAGACUUGCUUAGCUACGUGAUCGACUUGGAGGUGGAGGAAAUCAGGCAUCCCAUUCACUGCUGCAAGAUCAUGAUGUUCUUUCGGGACAACCCGUACUUCCGGAAUAAAGUGAUUAUUAAGGAAUAUCUCAUUAAUGUCACCGGAUAUAGGGCAUCUCAUUCCACUCCAGUUCAGUGGUAUCAGGAUUAUGAACAUGAGGCUUAUAGCCGCAGGCACCACAACAGCAGUGUUAACUUCUUCUUCAACUGGUUUUCUGACCACAACUUUGCAGGAUCUAACAGGAUCGCUGAGAUCAUCUGUGAAGACCUAUGGCUCAAUCCCCUGCGGUACCACAUGAGGAUGCAGGUGCCUGGACAGGGAACCGAGAGGGCA